AUGGCACUUGGAGGCAGAAACCAUUUCUAUGCUUACUGCACAGAUGAGGCCACAGGCAGAGAAAACCUCACCAAGCUUCAGGAGGCUUUGCCGUCUCCUGAUUACUCUGGCCCUCUUUCCUGUCUGUCCCUAGCACCCAGCCGCUCCCACCCGGCCAGUCCCAGUCCGCCGGGGCCGCAGGCCAGCCCGGUGUUGCCGGUCAGCUACCGCCUGUCGCACACACGGCUGGCCUUCUUCCUGCGGGAGGCGCGGCCCCCAUCACCCGCAGUGGCCAACGGCACCCUGCAGCGCUCCGAGCCCUUCGUGGUGUUCCAGACCAAGGAGCUGCCAGUCCUCAACGUGUCCUUGGGGCCCUUCAGCACCAGCCAGGUGGUGGCGCGGGAGCUCCUGCAGCCGUCCAGCACCCUGGACAUCCCCGAGCGCCUGACGGUCAACUGGAAGGUGCGGGCUUUCAUCGUGCGCGCCCGCGUGCCCGCCUCGCAGCCCGUGGCGCAGGUGCUGUUCUACGUGGCCGGCCGGGACUGGGACGACUUCGGCGUCACUGAGCGGCUGCCCUGUGUGCGUCUGCACGCCUUCCGCGACGCCCGGGAGGUCAAGAGCUCCUGCCGCCUCAGCGGGGGCCUGGCUACCUGUCUUGUGCGCGCUGAGCUGCCCCUGGCCUGGUUCGGGCCCCCGGCCCCGGCAGCGCCGCCCACGGUCCGCCGCAAGUCUCCCGCGGGGGUGGCCGAGGCGGCGGGGGAGAGCCAGCAGGCUGAGCUCUACUACACCCUCCACGCCCCGGAUGCGUCGGGGGGCUGCGGGGGCACCCGUCGGGGGGCCGGGCCCGGGGCGGGGGCCAGGGCAGAGAGCCCCACCCAGCACCCCCUGCUGCGCAUCGGGAGCAUCAGCCUGUUCCGCCCGCCCCCCAGGAGGACCCUGCAGGAGCACAGGCUGGACAGCAACCUGGUGAUCCGCCUGCCGGAUCGGCCCCUCAAGCCUGGGGAAGUGCUCAGCAUCCUCCUCUAUCUGGCCCCCAACUCCUCCUCGCCCUCCAGCCCCAGCGUGGAGCGCUUCACACUCAGGGUGAAGGCCAAGAAGGGGGUGACUCUUCUAGGCACCAAGUCACGGAGUGGCCAGUGGCAUGUGACCUCGGAGCUGCUGACUGGAGCAAAGCAUUCCACAGCUACCGUGGAUGUGACCUGGGCUCAGGGCACACCCCUGCCCCCAUGGGAGGGCCAGGGACCCCUGGAGAUCCUGCAGUUGGACUUCGAGAUGGAGAACUUCACCAGCCAAUCGGUCAAGCGGAGGAUCAUGUGGCAUAUCGACUACCGCGGCCACGGAGCCCUGCCCGACCUGGAGCGGGCGGUCACCGAGCUGACAGUCAUCCAGCGGGAUGUGCAGGCCAUCCUGCCCCUGGCCAUGGACACAGAGAUCAUCAACACAGCCAUCCUGACCGGCCGGACGGUGGCCAUCCCUGUCAAGGUCAUCGCCAUUGAGGUGACCGGCCUGGUCCUGGAUGUCUCUGCCCUAGUGGAAUGCGAGUCUGACAACGAGGACAUCAUCAAGGUGUCCAGCAGCUGCGACUAUGUGUUUGUGAGUGGGAAGGAGUCUCGAGGGUCCAUGAACGCCAGGGUCACUUUCCGCUACGACGUCCUCAAUGCUCCCCUGGAAAUGACAGUCUGGGUCCCCAAGCUGCCUCUGCACAUCGAGCUCUCAGAUGCCCGCCUCAGCCAAGUGAAGGGCUGGAGGGUACCUAUCCUUCCUGACCGGAGAUCAGCUCGGGAGAGUGAGGACGAGGAGGAGGAGGAAGAGGAGCGGCGACAGAGCGCCAGCCGCGGCUGCACCCUGCAGUACCAGCACGCCACCCUGCAGGUCUUCACCCAGUUCCACACCACGUCUGCCGAGGGCACCGACCAGGUGGUCACCAUGCUGGGCCCAGACUGGCUGGUGGAGGUCACUGACCUGGUCAGUGACUUCAUGCGGGUGGGCGACCCCCGAGUGGCACACAUGGUGGACAGCAGCACCCUGGCAGGCCUGGAGCCAGGCACCACCCCUUUUAAGGUGGUGUCCCCGCUCACAGAGGCCGUGCUUGGGGAGACGCUGCUGACGGUGACAGAGGAGAAGGUCAGCAUCACACAGCUACAGGCCCAGGUGGUGGCCAGCCUGGCCCUGUCCCUGAGGCCCAGUCCCGGGAGCAGCCACACCAUCCUGGCCACCACAGCUGCCCAGCAGACCCUCAGCUUCCUCAAGCAGGAAGCCCUCCUGAGCCUCUGGCUCUCCUAUAGUGAUGGCACCACGGCCCCCCUCUCCCUCUAUAGCCCCCGGGACUACGGGCUGCUGGUGAGCAGCCUGGACGAGCGCGUGGCCACUGUGACCCAAGACCGGGCCUUCCCACUGGUGGUGGCGGAAGCAGAAGGGGUAGGAGAGCUGCUUCGCGCUGAGCUCACCAUCGCUGAGAGCUGCCAGAAAACCAAGCGAAAGAGCGUGCUGGCCACUACCCCCGUGGGCCUGCGUGUGCACUUUGGGCGGGACGAGGAGGACCCCACUUACGACUACCCGGGCCCCAGCCAACCAGGGCCUGGUGGGGGCGAGGAUGAGGCGCGCGGAGCCGGCCCGCCCGGCACUGCGGUACCGGCCCCCGAGGCCCCCGGGCGGGGCACCGCCAGCCCGGCGGAGCCGCCCACGGAAGACUUCCUGCCGCUGCCCACCGGCUUCCUGCAGAUGCCGCGGGGUCUGACGGACCUGGAGAUCGGCAUGUACGCCCUGCUGGGCGUCUUCUGCCUCGCCAUCCUGGUCUUCCUCAUCAACUGCAUCGUCUUCGUGCUGCGCUACCGGCACAAGCGCAUCCCGCCUGAGGGCCAGACCAGCAUGGACCACUCCCACCACUGGGUGUUCCUGGGCAGGGGGCAGCCGCUGCGGGUGCAGGGGGAGCUGGUGCAGGGGGAGCUCUCGCCUCCCGCCGGCAACCCGCUGGAAACUGUGCCCGCCUGCUGCCACGGCGACCACCACAGCAGCGGCAGCUCGCAGACCAGCGUCCAGAGCCAGGUGCACGGGCGAGGCGAUGGCUCCUCGGGCGGCUCAGCCCGCGACCAGGCGGAGGACCCUGCCAGCUCGCCCACCUCCAAGCGCAAGCGGGUCAAGUUCACCACCUUCACCACGCUGCCCUCCGAGGAGCUGGCCUAUGACUCAGUGCCUGCUGGCGAAGAGGACGAGGAGGAGGAAGAGGACCUGGGUUGGGGCUGCCCGGAUGUGGCUGGCUCCACGCGGCCCGCUCCACCCCCGGACUUGCACAAUUACAUGCGCAGAAUCAAAGAGAUUGCAUAGAGGCAGCAUCGGGGGUGGCAGGAUCGCCCCCCAUCCCGGGGGGCUUCUCUGGGUGGAACACAGAGGGGACCCCCAGCCCACAGCGAGGUGGCUGGCUUGAUUUUGUACUCCCUGCCCGGCAGCUCUGCUCCCGGGGUGGCUGCCUCCCUCUUCUCCCUCUUACGGCCUCCCACCGUUGCCCUUGUCUGCCCCCUGCAGGUGGAGGGCUUUCUCCGUGGUUUGCAAGGAGGAAAGCUACCCCCAGCCCUCCUUUUACCUUUUGCUAACCUCCUCCCAUCUUAGGCAGCCCCCCUGCCCCACGGGUGAGGCAGGCAGACCACACUUGGAGCCAGGAGAGCCCACACUGUGCCCCAGCCCCUGCCUCCCAGGUCCCCUGUCGUCCCCUUGUGUGUGUGUGUGGGGGCCUCUGGGUGUCUUGUGUCACAGGCUGCACAAAGACUUUUCUUAAACCAAUAUUCAGGGAUUUCUGUCCUGCAGGGUGGGGAGGCGGCGGCUGCCUGCCCUGCCAAGGAUCUUGCUGUGGACAAAAACAUUUGAGGGCAGGGGGACAAUUGUAGCACCUGCUGGCUUCCAGGUGCCCCCGAGACCUGGUCGCUGACUCCACGGAGUAACCUGGUGCCAAGCUGGGCACCUUCUUAAGUUUUUGAGACUCCUUCCUCUGCCUCAAGGACUGCAAGCAGGGGCCUAAAGGGGAAGGAGGCCUCCAUCCAUCUAGCCAAACCACCGGAGCGAGAGCUGUGGUCUACAGGGCCCAGGGAGGCCUGGCUACCUCCUGCCUCCCCCACAGCAAGGUCAACACUACUUCGCCUUAGCCGCCCUCUGCUCUGCUGACCCCUCCUGGCCUCUCUGCAGGGGCAGGGCAGGCAGCACCUGACCCCCAAACACGGUCUGUAGGAGGGGGAGAAGAGGGCACCAGGGAAUGCUGUGAGGGACUUUGGGGUGGGCAAAGGCCGAGGGGAGCCGGUGUCUCUCCUGCCCCAUCCCACAGACACUUUCUCUCUUGGGUUCUACCCACCACUGUGUCGGAUUUUUCUUAAAUAAAUGGAAGUGAUCAGACUGGGGGUGGGGGCAACAGCUCCCAGAGAAC